AUGCUCGCCAUAUCCACUCGACUACGCCGCGCCACUCGCUGGCCAGCCUUGCGCGUUUCGACCAGGCCUGCCCAACGCAGUACUAUUGCACCACUUCCUCCUGUUAUUAACCGCUCGUUUGCCCAAGUGACGUUCACCUUUGUUGACGGGGAAGGGGCGAGCACGACCGUGACGGCCAACGAGGGCCAAUCGCUGCUAGAUGUGGCCCAUGAGCACGACGUGGAGCUCGAGGGCGCUUGUGGCGGGGAACUCGCGUGUUCCACGUGUCAUUUGGUGUUUGAGAAGCGCAUUUUCGACGAGCUACCGGAGAUGAGCGAGGAGGAGGAGGAUAUGCUGGACCUGGCGUGGGGUCUCACGGACACGUCACGAUUGGGCUGCCAGAUCAAAGUGACAAGAGCUAUGGAAGGCGUGACAGUGCAGAUCCCAGAGGAGACGGAUAACCUCAUGUAG